CCCUACUUGCGGCUGUACCGCGCACUCCUUCCCCGCAUCAUUCUUAACCUCGGACGCAGCGGGUCUGCACAUUUACUCAACCUUGAUUCACUCGCAAACAAUGUCACAAAGCAGGUUCAGGGCUCCGAACGCGGACAGCGCGCUACACAACCGUUCGGCGCUGCUAGGCACGCAAGAGUACUACACGCCGCCGUCAUCCGGACGCUCGUCACCCUUCGGGGGAAGUUCUGGCGGACAUGGCGGGAACCCGUUCCAAGCCGGGCAGCGUUUCGCGGACGACCUCGAGGGGCAGAACGACGAGGCGCUGGAGGGCCUCACGGCCAAGGUGAAGCUGCUCAAGGAUAUUACGGUAGGCAUCGGCCAGGAGGUGAGGGAUUCGACGGUGCAGCUCAGUCAGAUGAACGAUACCUUCGCGGAGACGUCAGGCAUCCUCAAGGGCACCUUCCGGCGGAUGAACAACAUGGCGGCGCGCCAGGGCUGUCGAUGGCUCUGGUACAUCGUCUUUCUCGUCCUCAUCUUCUGGUUCUUCAUCGUUGUCUGGUGGUUUCGCCGGUAGCAGCCUCACAACGUCUUACUAUUACUCCGCUUUGGAAGCAGAUCGUUGCUUCUCGUUGCCAAAUUGUUGUAGGAUGUUCUUACUUCUCGUUACUGGCGUGCGGACAUAUUCUCUUCCCCCUUGCACUACUCGUGUAUCUCCUGUUUUGUCACUAUCUGGACUUGCUAAUCCAUCAACAUUUCACUUUCAC